UUUACAACUACCACCGUCGUUCUGUGAUUCAGUUCAAGUAGAACGAUACCAUCUCCCCACGCUCUCUCAUAAGCAGGCAUGGAUAACCUCGAGGAGGCAGGCCCUACAGGACGUACUGUCGACAUCGAACUCGGGAGCGGUCAAGAGGUCAUCACUAUUGAUUUGGAGGACUUGGACCCGAAUCCCAAGGAUGUACUGGAUUUAUUGAAUGAGGGACAUCCAGGUGUAUGGGUUUGGACGAAACUCGCCGCGGAAUAUUGGAGAAAAGGGUAUCUGGAGGCGGCCGAGUUGAUUGCGACCACAGCAAUACAAGUCGUGACAUCUGAUGGAUUUCCCGCUUCCCUUCCGCCCAUAUAUGCCCUGCUUGCCAAUAUUCAGGUGGCCAACGCUCGAACAGCACCAAAAAUUGUGCUGCACAAUGCCGAACAGGAUAUAUUAGCCAGUGCGAAAACGAAGGAUGAUUUUCACCGUGAAGCAGCUCACCUGUUGAACAAGGGUGACCGGGCAAGUCAUGCAGAAGGAGGGUCUAUGAUCAGCGGAACACUUGCAUUCUUGACUCGAGGUAUCCAGCAGUUAGCUACCCGCUCUAUGGAUGAUGCCAUGCGUUCGUUCGAAGGCGUUUUAAUGGAGAAACCGACGAAUGUCGUUGCCCUGCUCGGAAAGGCCCGAAUUUUGUAUGCUCGUAGAAAUUAUCCUCUGGCGUUGCAAACAUUCCAACAAGUCCUACGAAUGAAUCCCCGUUGCCAACCGGAUCCUCGCAUUGGUAUAGGUCUAUGUUUUUGGGCCUUAGACGACAAGGCGAAGGCGAAAACUGCGUGGCAAAGAAGUUUGGAAGUGAAUCCUUCGGAAUGGGCGGCCCAACUUCUUCUAGGUUUAGAGUCGAUUAAUGCGAGCAAGAGCGAUCAUCCCUCUGAAUCAACACGCGUUCAUUUGUUCACUACGGGGACAAAAUACAUCGAGAAAGCCUUUCAGCAGUCUAGUCGAAACAGUGCAGCAGCGGCCAAUGCCCUAUGCGAGUUCUUCCUUCAGAAAGGCGACGUUACGAGGAGCCUGAAGCUUGCUGAACGUACAAUUCAGUUCGCCGACACGUUAACAGUUCUGACAGAGGGUUACAUACGGGCUGGUCGUGUUGCUCAUGCCCAGGGAUCUCUUACCCAAGCUCACAAGCAUUAUUCAGUCGCCCUUGAAGGACAGCCCAAAAAUAUACUGGCAAGUAUAGGAUUGGCACAGAUACAGAUCAGUAACGAUGAACUGGCGGCGGCUAUCCACACUCUCGAUACUCUUAUCCAACGUCCCAACCCUCAGGAUUCUCUGGAGGCCACACUCAUAUUGGCGUCUUUGCGCGCUUAUCCUCGACCAGGUGUCUCGAGCUCAGAUCUUGCUCAGGAGAAAGCGCGCGCUCGGGAACUGUUCGAACGCGUCAGCAAACGACUCGAAAUCGACGGAACAAAAGCAAAUGGACAGGUUCGACCCAAGGUCUCUCCCAUCAUCAGCGAAGACAUGGACAUGUACGUUGAGAUUGCAAAGCUAUGGCAAGACGAGAACUUGGAUAAAACUGUCGUCGCGUUGGGAGAGGCGUUGAAGAUCAGCAGCUCGUCGGCCAGCGUAGGCCAAGUCGAUGUUCAGCUGUUGAACAACCUCGGUGUCCUGCGUCACCUUACGGGACAAUUACCAGAUGCGAGGACAUUAUACGAGAAUGCCCUUAUCAAAGCGGCCGGCCUCGGUCCUGAUGUUGGCGAGGGUAUGUCAACAUCGAUCUUGUAUAACCUUGCCCGGGUCUACGAGGACCAGGGAGAAGAUGAAUUGGCAAAGGAUGCCUAUGAAAAGUUGCUUUCACGACAUCCGGAGUAUGUUGACGCCAAAAUACGGCGCGCUCAAAUGCUCACUAAUUUGCGUCGCAACACUGACGCACAUGACCUUCUGAAACAGGCGCUAGCCUCGCAGAACAAAGACCUCAAUGUCCGCGCAUUCUAUACCUAUUUCCUGAUUCAAAGCGGUUUGCCUAAGCUCGCGAAAGAUUUCGUGUUCACAACUCUGAAGGAUCACGACAAACACGAUGUCUACUCCCUUUGUGCGGCUGGCUGGAUUAUGUAUCAGCAAUCUCGGGAAAGUCGAGAUGCUACAUCCAAAGGUACUGAGGAUAGGCGCCGUGGAUUCCAGCGUUCUGCCGAAUUCUAUGAAAAAGCUUUGUCGCUGGAUCCGCUUUGCGCAUUUGCAGCUCAGGGUCUGGCUAUCGUCACGGCAGAAGAUGCUCUCGGCACUUUGAGCGGCGGACAACCUUCGUCGAAUACGGAUGAAGCUCUGAAACGACUGCACAACUCCCGUGAAGCUCUAGACGUGUUUGGAAAGGUUCGAGAGUCACUGAACGAUGGUAGCGUGUACUUCAACAUGGGGCAUUGCUAUUAUUCUCGUGAUGAAUAUGACCGAGCGAUUGAAAGUUAUGAAACAGCUUCUACACGCUUCUACCACGAUCAAAACGUAUCGGUGCUUCUGUGUCUCUGUCGUUCGUGGUAUGCCAAGGCAACAAAAGAUCAAUCGUAUAAGGCGAUGACCACAGCACUACAUUAUGCUCAAAAGGCCUUGCACAUACAACCUAAUGACAAAGCCAUUCUUUACAACAUCGCUAUGAUUCAACAGAAGUCAGCUGAGAUGCUCUUCACCAUUGAUCCCUCAAAACGGACAUUGAAAGACUUGCGCCACGUAAUUAACCAGGCAGCACAUGCUCAGAAGAUCUUUGCCUCUCUUGCUUCGGACAAAUCAGAAAAUGUCCCAUACAGUCGCGAUAUUGCUGAUCAAAGACGGAAGUACGGUGACAGCAUGCUUCGGAAAGGUGAUGAUCAUCUAGCCAGCCAGAAGCAAUAUGAAGAUCGUGCACAAGCUAAAUUGUUUGAUGCACGGCAGAGACGGCAGGAGGAAAGAGAUCGGAUGGAAGCCCAACAGCGCGAGAGGGCCGAGCGAGAACGUUUAGCAGCAGAAGAGCUGGCGAACAAAAGGCGAAUCGCACGUGAGCAAGCUCAAGCCUGGUCCAGGGACUUGGUACGUAUGGACAGCGAUGACGAAAAGGAGAAGCGGCCAAAGAAAUCCAGAAAGGCGAGGGGCGAGGGGGCUGCAGGUAGUGGCGAUGAAGCAGAGCCUAAGAAAAAGCGGAGAGGAAAACUAAAGAAAACCAACGACCAGGCUAAUGGAGAUGGAGACGGAGAUGAACCCAUGGCUACGUUCAGUGACGAUGAGGAUGUAGAGAAACCCAAGAAGCGGCCAGUGAAGAAACGAGUCGUGAGAGAUGACGACGAUGAGGAGACGGCCGGUGGUCCUCGGAAAAAACAGUUUAAGAGUAAGGAGAUGCUUUCAGAUACUGACGACGAGGAGAUGGAUGUGUCAUGAUGCUACCUAUGUUUAUUUUUGUUGUUUGUACAUUGCGCCUAUAUCUGUAUUAUCUAACUUCCUGUCCUCGGUACUGUUGCGAAGUCUUCUUACUUGCCUUCAGAAGUUUAAGUGAGGGAUCAAAGAAAUACCGUCAUUCUAUCGUAGUUCCGUAGUCAGUAUAGCCUGUGCAGAGUACAUGAGGUUUACCAUCCCUCACUUUUUCCGUGGAGUCGAACAGGGGUGCCUGAUGUCUAUAUUACGCAACUACAGUUGUGGACAAUCAAAGACGACAA